AAGCAGGAUGGAGCCCCUAGCUGGAGCUGACACUGCCACCUUCCACCAGCGCUGGCCAGCCCGGCUGCUGCUGUGGGUCUCAACCCUGAGCUGUUCUUUCUCCUCACCAGCUUCUCUCCCUCCGUCCCUGGUACCCCGAGUCAGAAGCAGCUACACUCUGGGAAGGACGUUCCUCGGUCUUGAUAAAUGCAAUGCCUGCAUCGGGACAUCCAUCUGUAAGAAGUUCUUUAAAGAAGAAAUAAGCUUUGACAACUUGAUGACUUCCCACCUGAGACUGCCUCCUCAGGACUUGCCUUCUUAUGCUGCAAACUACUCAGAUGAUUCGAAAACCUGGCGCCCUGUGGAGGUCUCUCAGUUGGUCAGCAAGUACCAAAGCGAGAUCUCUGACAGGAGAAUAUGUGCCUCUGCAUCGGCUCCCAAAACCUGCAGCAUUGAGCGCAUCCUGCGAAAAACAGGGAGGUUCCAGAAAUGGCUGCAGGCCAAGCGACUCACACCUGACCUAGUGCAGGGCCUGCCCAGUCCCUUCCUGCGCUGCCCUUCCCAAAGACUCUUGGAUCGUGUGGUUCGACGCUAUGCUGAAGUGGUUGACGCUGGCAGCAUCUUCAUGGACCACUUCACCGACCGUGACAAGCUGCGUCUCCUCUACACACUGGCUGUCAAUGCACACCCCAUCAUUCUGCAGAUCUUCCCGGGGGCAGAGGGCUGGCCACUGCCCAAGUACCUGGGCUCCUGUGGUAGAUUCCUGAUCAGUACCAGCACCAGACCACUGCAAGAAUUUUACGAUGCACCCCCAGAGCAAGCUGCUGACCUUGCCUACCAACUCCUUGGGGUCCUGGAGUCCCUGAGGAGCAAUGAUUUGAACUAUUUCUUCUACUUCACCCAUGUUGAUGCAAACAUGUUUGGCAUCUUUGACAAUGGGCAUCUGUUCAUCCGGGAUGCCAGUGCACUAGGUGUCAUCGACAAGCAGGAAGGCAGCCAAGCAGCUUCCAGGACUGGAGAGAACGAAGACAUUUUUAGCUGCCUGGUGUCUGACUGCACGGUCCAGCUGUCCUCCUGUGACACUGUCCCUGAGAAGCAAAACCUGGUGCUGGUGUGUCAACAAUUGCUGCCUCGACUUCUCCAGGGAAAGUUUCCUUCCCCUGUGCAAGAGAAAAUAGACUCUGCUCUCAGUCUGUGUAGCAAGAAUGCCAGCACAGACAUGGAAGUUUUAGGGGCCACCAACCUACUGAAGGACAUCUUGAGACCCCUGAGAACCUGUGACCCUAGAUUUGCCUACCGCUACCCAGACUGCAAGUAUAAUGACAAGUUCUGAAUGACUGGGGCCUAAGUAGCUUGAAGGGACAAUCCACAAGCUCUUCCAUGUCCAUGGAUGAGUUGACACCAAAUUAGAAGAAGCAAUUUCAGUUUAAAUAUUUAAGUACAUUCCUUUCCUAAGAAACACUCAAAACUAGUGAAAGAAACUCGUCUAACGUGCUUGCCUUCAAGUCCUCUAAAAGUCAAGUGUCAAAACAUGAGCUUUCUUAGAGAGGACAUGCUAUGGGGAAGGUGAACAGGCAAAGGUUGACAGGCAAACUCGUGCUGCACUCUGAUUCGCCAGCAAAAAAAAAAAAAUAGUCAAUGCAAGAAAGUUUUUCUGGAUAUCUACAAGACCAAUAUGGAGCCAUACAUCAAGAGAGCUCCAUGUCUCCCAUGAACAGAUCUGCUGUAUUAGCCCUGUGUGUUCAGGGCUAUGCAGAACAGGCUGUCCAAGUGUGACUACAGCUUAGUUACAAAGACAGAUUUCAGAGCACAGCAGCCUGAGGGUCCAGACAGGUUUCAUUGUUCAUUGUAACUUCAGCCUGGGACCAGAGCCUGGUCUCUUCCGUAACACAUACUCCAGUGUAAGACUCAAAGGAGUCCUAAAAUUUUCGUCCAAAUGUGGCCUUACAAGUUUUAUUUAAAACAAAAAAACAAAACAAAAAAAACCACUUUUUUAAAGGUCAACCAGUGGAAUGCAUUUUCCUCUGCUGUGCCUUUAAAAUAUUUACCUACAUGGCUUAUGGGCCUCUGUGCAUGCCUCCUUAAUAAUUAUAAAGGGCUCUUAGACCUUUGCCUAGCCUCCCUACUAGACUUCUACUCCUGGGAAUGGAUCAGUCUACCUCCUUUCUUCUACCUCUAAAUCAGCACCUUGGAGGUCAGAACACUCAGUCAACAAGCCUUGCUGCACCCAUGGGGAAACAGAGGCCCAGGGAGGAUGUGAUUUGCUUGGAUAAUGCCGAAACCCUCCCUACCAGUUCAUUCACCUGUUGCCUUCCCCAUCAGUCUCAGACUCCCAUCUUGGACAAUUCAGUUCUAAUUUCAUUCACAUUUAAACAUGAAUCCCUAUCUUGUGGUAUACUGGGGAACCUUUCAGUUUUGCCUUUUGACUGCUCCAGACACUCUCUGUUCCCUGGCAACCACAGCAGUGAGGAUGGCAGACCAAGCUGCUGCAAGGACUGGCUUGUCAUGCUUGAGAAGCUUUAAAGCUGAUGUCUUCCGGUUGACUGUUGAGAAUGAAGUCCGACCACAUCUCCUUACUGACUUGCUUGGGGUAUGUGCUCCCAGACAGCCUCCUGACCAGAACCCAGGGAAGGGGCUACAGUCUCAGACUCCCCAAAGGUGCACAUGAACAUAAGACUGUCCUCAGGACUCUCCAGUACACAUGCCAGGCCUGGCCUCUCUCAACAGAACCAUUGUUUUUCCACUAAAGACUGUAAGUGACUUUGAGUGACGCCCCAGGGGGAGUUGAAAAGUAGAACUUACUGUAACCUUCUGCUUAUUCCUCUAUCACAUAUCUGUGGGGAAGGCAAGAAGAGGGAACAAAUGAAGACCUCUCCUCUGGACCAGUGACCUGGGACUCUAAAGAGUAGAGUCUUAGAAGGGAAAAUAGCCCUAGACACCUCUUGAAUCUAGACAAAGACAUCUUAUGUCCUCCUUGAUCGCAUCCCAGGAGAGAGCAAAGAACAAAACUAUCUGAGUACCCCCUGGAGAAUAGUGGGAUAUUUGUUUUUAGUACAAGCUAAAGCAAACUACAUGUUUUUGCAGCUGUGUGCAGAUCCGCAGGGCAGGCCAAAGGAGGACAAACAACUCUUAGGCAGGGCCUAACACUUUGGAGUGGCCUGGAAAUAGCUCCUCAGCUAGUGACCUCUUGCAAGAUCAGGAGAUUGAGAAGUCCCUUUUCUCAUGCCUUUUGAGAACAAAGCAGACUUGCUCUUUUCAUCGUGAUUGAAGAUCCAGGCCCCCUCCUAGGUCUUAUCUCCAAGGGAUAUACUCCCCACUACCUGCCAUCUGUUUAUUCUCUGCCGCUCCUUCUACAAAGGGCACCUCUCUCUCCAAUGCAGGAGUGUAGUAGGCAGACAGCACUGACUGCCAGCCCUUUGGGCUCUGCCUUGGUCACUCUGUGGCUUCACUCCAGGCCACACCCAUCCUAAGGCUUAUCCAUACCUAGUCACUGGGCUUGGCAAGAUGUGAUGUCUCAGGCAAUUUGGCCCACUUAGCUACAACUCUGAUGGGUAGUUUUUAUUCCCAAACUCUCCAUGAAUCAGACUAAGACUUUACUGGCCCUUCAUCACAGUCCAACUUCCCCCACUCCUCCUUUCCCUCUGAAUUCUUUUCACAGGUGUUGGCUACACAACUUGUGCCCAUUUUGUGCCAAAAAAUGGUAGCUCCAGAAAAGUAUGUUCACAUCUUAAUCCUCAGAAACUGUGACAAUUGCCUUAUAUGGGAUAUGGUUAAGGAUGCUGGGAUUUUCCAGGAUUAUCUAAGUGGGUCCUAAAUGGCAGCCCAUGUGUCUUCAUUAUGAGGGAGGCCAGGGGACUUUUAAGAGAGAAGAACCAGUGAUGUGAAAGCAGAGGCUAAGAUUGGAAUGAGGGCAACUAUAAGCCUCCAGCAGUCACCAGAAUCUGGAAGAGGCAAGCAAUGAACCUUCUGCCAUAUCCCCCAGAGGGAAUAUGGCUCUAAUGCUACCCUAACUUUAACCCAGUGAGCCCCAAGAACUGUGAGAGGAUAUAAAUCUAUUGGUAUACACCACCUCCUGUAUAGUGAUUUAUUUAAAUACCUUCAGGAAUCCAAUACAUACUCCAAAGUCUACUGAAUAUCAGCUUCCAGAGAGCUCCAACUGCAAUACUUGUCCACAGUCUACAGUGAGCAAAUGGAAAGUAGUCCUUGGGCUGAUGAUGUAGCAUACUGGUAGAGCCCUUGCUUAGCAUGCUCACGGCCCUAGUUUCGGUCCCAGUACAACAGAAGCAUGUCUUGGCAUGGGAAGCAUGAGCUGUAGCCCAGUGCAAGGCUAUGGGCGUCCUUCCUCCAAAGCUCUAAACACCAGGCCAGCCACUACAGAACACUUUCUGAACCUUGUCCCUGAAAUUCUGGUCCACAUGUUUGUGCCUCAUUUGAGUAUGAUUUCAGGAAAACCUGUGUCCUGCUUCCCCAUCUGUCUGGGAGCUUCCUGAGUCUGGGAGUGAUGUGGAGAACUUUGUGUUCCCCUCAACAAGGGAGAGCUGGACCCAGAGCAGAGGCUGAGAACAAUGAGUGCCUUCUUUAGCCCUUCCCUACAUUGUUCAUACACCAUACUGGCUACCCAUCAGAUUGAAGACUUCUCAACAGGCAAGAAACAGUUGAGUCAGCACUCAAGAGCCUUCAACCAGAAUAAAAUUAUCACCAGCUUGUCUCUACUCCCUGGGAUUUGAGUGGAGGCAUUAUUUUGCCAGUUUUUGUCAGCUAUGCCUUUUAGCCUCUAGGACUGGCUAUGUGACUUGUGGGGCCCAAAGACAAAUGAAAAUUUGAGAUGGACCUGUACAGAAACAACUUAUAGUUGCAAACUGAACCAGCAAAGCUAAGCUGAGGCCCUUUGCUCUAUAGGUUACAGGCUAACCAAGCUGGCCCAGGGGACAGACUGCAGAUACGGAUUCCCCUUACACUUGACAUUGAGUCUUACUGGCAUUGGCUGAGGGCUCUUUUAACCUUCACACCAAAGGGAGCAGGUUUAGGACAGGGAUGAAAUGUAAUAUAUGCCGAAGGCUUAUGAGAUCAGACUCCACCAACUGCAGUUAUCAGGAAGGUAUAAUGCCAGCUCACCCACAAGUCUGACUUAGCACAGGAGAAUGCUGGCUUCAGUGUUUUGUUAAGUGUGAUUGUUUUUACGUUUCCUGCCUGUGGUCUUGCAUCGUCUGACUUCUGCCUAUAAGUGAUUCCCUAAGUCUGAACACUUUCUCUGGUGUUAACAGAAAUACUUUGUUGAAACUGAGGUCUUUGGGGGACAGUCCAGAUCUCUGUAAAUAGACUGACUUGUUAUCAAACCAUGACUAUCCUGUUACUGUAUAACUUUCUCCAUGUUAUUUAUUUUUUCCAGAACUCACUCUUUUUGUGUAUAAAAUAUGGAGGAAGAGAUUUACUCUUGCAGAAAUAUUGUCCCCUGUAAGUGAUGUGGGUCUCUUUUUGAAUGGAAAGAACAGAGGCAUUCUCUAUAGAGAACAUAGUGACAUUUUGAAGGAAAUUCUGACUCCUAUCCAGGAGGCCACUGGCCCUCUGGCUGCUGACAGUCUGACUGUGGUCAUUUUUGGUGCUUCUCCCAUUCAGACCUUUGGUCAAUCAUGAAAGGCAGCUGGGCAGCUUCUGUCCCCACCUCCCUCCCUAGCCUGGCCUUCCAGCAGGCUCAGAAGGGAAUCUUCCAGUGAACAUGGUACAGGGAGCCUUACCAAGUCCAUCUGUGCUCAUUAUGUGAAGAGAAAUAAGGACAUAACGUUUCAGUGAGCACCAGUCUCCUAGCUAGCUCAUGGUGCUGUGGCUUCCCUAUCCACCUUACCCCACUUUUCACACACAUUGGCCCAAUUGAGCUCACAAGAACAUAGGGUAUUCUCUGAUCUGCUUGCAGCUCUUGAAGGAAUUUCAAAUGACAGGAAAAGCUUGACACCCAAACAGGGGACAACAGCAUUUGCAGGUUUGCUUGAGUAUUUGCAUGAGUAAAGAAUGGCUUCAGGCCUGUACUGUGACCACAGGGCCAGUGUGGCAAUCCCAAGGGAGCAGACAUGUAUCCCUUUGGAUCCUGCCGCAGUGAGCAUAGCAAAAAUCAAUAUAUCCAAAUUACUGUUUGCAGGAAUGUUAGUCUUUGCAAUUAAGCAAUAAGCACUUCAUUUGUGAUAAAAUAAACAGGUAUGCACUAUAAUAGCAAAAUGUUGGAAAUAUAUUUCUACAGAAUAACCUCCAGGGCAUCCAUACAACCGAGUGCCACCUUGUACAGAAGGACGAUGAGUGACUCUGAACUCACAUGAGGAAACGCACCAUAAGCACUUAAAACAGGCUGAUUUGUGUGCAGGAAGAAGAGCUAUAAAAUCCCAUUUAUGUGCCUGCUCACUUGAAAUAUUCUAAACUGCAUACUAUGAGGAAUUGGAAGAAAUUACAUGAUUGUAUAUCAGAAUACAUCCACAGUACAGGCUAGAAAAGAUGAAACAUGUCUGGAGCUCCAUUAGGAAAACAGCAGCCUUAGUUUAGCUUCUUCAUGGUUAAGGUCAGGGUGAGAGAUGCUUGGUCAUUCUGUCUGUACAAUGUUCAUGUUGUUGUUUGUGUUAAGUCAUGAGUACAGAGCAGCCUUGUUUUGUCUUGAUCCCUCUUAGUCAAAGAGGGGCCUUGUUUGAUGUUGGCAUUCUGAGAAAUUGUUUGUGUCUAAGGAGAACAAAAGGGCUGUGCUGUGCUGGCCAAGCCAGCUGUGGGUAACACUGAAGCUAAGGCUUAAAUGACCAUGCCAAUCCAACUCCAUGCGCAUCUCCUUCUCUGUAAGACAACUGGUAAAUGUCAAAUAUGGUCUAUAGGUCAAUAAAUGGGGCUGUUAUGAAUAUUAAUUUCUGAGUAUCAGUGAAGAUUUUGGUUGAGUGAUGUUAA